GCCCUACCUAAGCAAGGUGGCUGAUAAUUUCACCGAUAUGCAGCCGUUGAUGGAAAUGAGACCAUUUCUGAGUGUCAUGCACGCCAAAGCACACACAGCAAAAUGCGAGGUGAGAUGGGGUGGCAGGAAUCAGGAUGGAGCAGGGAACACUGUCGGAGAGGAAGUUGAGCAAGUAAACAGCUUCCUCUCCAGGGCAGCUCUUGUAACUAAAUACAUGACAAAGGCAGGGAGAGAAAAUAUGUUGACUCAACAGGCCAUGGAGUGGAACAAAAAAAAGACAGCGAACCUUCACAAAGUCUUGGCCAACAGAUACAUCAAAAUCUCAGAGAGGGCAAAGCUGGAAGAUGCCAGCUUCAGUGAGUUCCGCAAGAAGAAUGGCAUCACUGAACAAACAGCACAGCAGUGGGUGUGUGAUGUUCAGCAGUGGGCAGUCACAGAGCCAGGGAGCACAACACAACAGGGAGCAACCGAGGAUCUCAGGGCUGAGAUAGAAAGUAUCAUAGUGGCCCUGCUACGCAAGAAGCAGGACCUCUAUCGUCAGCAUGAUAGCAACCAGACCAGACAAAGAAAGAGAAGAAAAAUAAGAGAAUUAAAAAACAAACUAAGACAAAAGAUCCGGCUCUACAAUACUAUUGCAGAGGAUCCCAUUGAUGAGGGAUUGGCAUCCAAUUUGACAGAGGACUACAUCCUGCCUUGGGAGAGAAGUGAGGAUGGCCACUCCUUCAGAUUAAAACGGUCUGUUUUUGACCAAACAAUGCUAAUAAGACGCCUUGAGGAGGAGCAGAGCAUCCUGGUGAAGGAGAUGUCUCAACACAUCACGUCUCUCCGGAAGGAGAUAAAGGCAGUAGAUAAGCUUAAAGAGAACAUCAGAAUGGGCUAUUUUGGUGACAUGUCAGAGGAUGCUGCAGCUGGUUGGAAAAGUGUCCUCAUGCGGAGGUCCUCCAUACUGGAGAGUUCAUCACAAAAUGCUGUGAGCAUGUAUAGUGCUAUAGUUGACAACCUCCAGAUACAGGACACAGAAUGCAGUACGGACACUGAUGAUGAGUAUGACCUUAGUAGUCCAGAGUCAGAAGAUUAGGAAAGAGACCACUCUAUGUUUUGUUUUGUUUUUAAGAUCUGUUUCCUUUUUUGUUUUGUUUUUUGCAGUGGAGGCACUGACCGAACAACCACUGAGCCUCAUUGGCCAGUUGAAACCCGUUAACCGAUUAGUUCAAAAUAUGCUACGCUAUUUGAAAUUACAGCCAUUUCGAGCCGCGCCUGCAAUUUCGCAACUCUCUCGCAUAUCUCUGCCACUCUGCCAGUGCCUCCCGCUCACACACACACACACACUGCCCCGGCCCCGCCCUUCCACUCAUGUA